CAAGCCAACCGCCAACGCUUCGAUUUCGGCCUGGCACCGUGGAUCAUGGAGACGUUGAAGUCGCUGCAGGAAACGAUCUUGAUAGAUCUGCGGGAUGUGGGCGCUGUGGCUUCUCUUAGUCUUAGGUUGGCCAUCUGUGCUGACUUCGUAACUGUUGCGGAUUACGCAUCAGGCGGAGGCCAUACUUCGCUAGCUACUCUGGCCACGCUCAAGAAGAGCUGUUGCAUCUUUGUGGGGAAAGCAAGACUAGACGGUAACGUCUCUGGCUAAUUACUAGGGAUUCAGGAUUGUCCAUCGGCGCCACUGAGGGGCUGACGAACGAGGUCGACAAAGAAGAAUAAAAUAAAUCAAAUGAAGGAAUCGUGCAAGCCUGUGGUGUACAAGUGCCGGGCAACAAUACCAUGCACUGGCACCGGAGCAACAACUCUAAUAUUGCUUCUCGUGCUAAAUAUCAUCUUUGGUCGUUGAACCGCUCAAUCUCAAACAGUUACUACCCCAGAGGGCAGCUAGCCGAUCACUCUAUCAAGGGACGAUUACCCGCCUUAACCGAAUUGCGAGGCAAGUAUUCAAGUAUGGUUAUCACCGGCCCUUUUCUACGACUC